CUGCCGUUUAUCACUACAGUAUGCCCAGCAACAUGGCGGGGGGUGUUUCAGUAUUUUGUCUCUGUGUUGCGCUUAUCGUUUGUCACGUCAGUGGACAGACACGUCGCAAUGUGCUUCUUAUUUAUGGUGACGAUGCCGGCUUCCAGAUGGGCGCCUACAACAACACGGCCUGCAAGACGCCAAACUUCGACAAGCUGGCCGCCAGGAGCGUCGUCUUCAAACAUGGCUACACCUCCGUCAGCAGCUGCUCGCCCAGCAGGUCCGUGUUGCUGACUGGCCUUCCCCAGCACCAAAAUGGGAUGUUUGGUUUGCAUCAGGACCCGCAUCAUUUUAACAGCAUGGACUCGGUCCGGGCACUUCCAACUAUCCUAAGCAAUGCCGGGAUCAGAACAGGCAUCAUUGGCAAGAAGCACGUUGGCCCUGAUGACGUGUACAAGUUUGACUAUGAACAGACAGAAGAGAACAACAACUUGAAUCAAGUUGGAAGGAACAUCACGUAUAUGAAGAAAUAUGUCAGAGAAUUCCUCAAUGCCAAAGACACUAGGCCAUUUUUCCUGUAUCUGGCCUAUCACGACCCUCAUCGGUGUAGCAAUGAUCCCAAUUUGGGACAGUUCUGUGAACGCUUUGGUGACGGUCAAGAGCAUCACGGCGUCAUCCCUGACUGGAAUCCGGUGACAUACAGACCUGAAGAUGUGGAAGUGCCAUACUACCUGCCGGACACACCCGCCACCCGCCAGGACCUCGCCAACAUGUACAAGACCUACAGCAGGAUGGACCAAGGCCUGGGCUUGUUCCUCAAGGAGCUUGAAGACGCUGGUUUCAUCGACAACACCCUCAUCCUCUUCUCUUCGGACAACGGCAUCCCUUUCCCGGGGGCCAAGACCAAUCUGUAUGACCCCGGCAUGGGGGAGCCGAUGAUGGUGUCUUCACCACUCCAUAAAGAACACUGGGGAAAGGUCACCGAGGCAAUGGGAAGCACAAUGGACUUUGCACCCACCGUAUUGGACUGGUUCAACGUCAGCUAUCCUAAAUAUGAAAUGGAUGGCAAAGGGCCUGUGACACUCACGGGGAAAUCCCUUCUCCCCGUGGCAGCUGACCCAGCCACGAGCCAACCCGUGUAUUCCUUCGUCUACUCCAGCCACGAUAUGCACGAGGUCACAAUGUUUUAUCCAAUGAGGGUCCUCCGUACACAGCAGUAUAAAUUAAUCCACAAUUUGAACAGCCAUGCUCCUUAUCCAUUGGCUGGUGACAUCUACCAAUCACCGACCUUCUUGGAUCUUCUGAACCGUACCCAUAACAACGUCGAUACCCAUUGGUUCAAACCACUGAACACUUACUAUUACCGCGACCAAUGGGAAUUGUACGACCACAAUGCUGAUCCAAUGGAGUUGCGUAAUUUAGCUAACAUAACAGAAUACCAGUCAGUACUAACCAGCAUGAAAAAACAAUUGUUUGGAUGGCAGACAGUAACCAAAGACCCCUGGCGAUGUUAUCCAGCAGGUGUGUUGGAGGGGGACGGUUGUGGUCCGCUGUAUAAUGGGGAGUCUCCAUCUGUGUAAGAACAUUUGGACAAGAAACUUAUAGCCUGCAGAAGAUGAUUAAACGAUUUGAAAGUUCCAAAGUAUUCGUUUACUUUUCCCUAUAUCUUGUUAUGAUUUCUUUUUGUUCAUGUGAUGUAAACUUUGAAAAAAAACCUUGCUUUUUUCAUCAAUUCGUAUUUGGUGUAUCUUAUGACGUCAUCACACUUAAUUAAGAAUGUUUUUUUCUGUUCUUGCCAACAUUGUCAUGCUAAGCUGCAUAUAGAUAAAGAAAAAAAUAACAUUACCGAAAUGUAAGGUUGGGUAAAUUUUUGGAGUAGUGUAAAUAAAUGUUUAUGUAUUUCGCAAUGUGGAAAUUUCUGAUAUAAAUAUUACUUGCCUUUC